AUGCGCCUGCCUGGAACAGACGAAGGGGCUCCGGUCCAAGUUUCCAGAUUCGUAUCCCGGGAGCAGUGCCACUACCUAUUCCAUUUCCAUUCCGGCACUUUGUCAGACAUGGCAUCCGCCAGCGACUCCUGGAGGCUCGGAGCACUUUUUCAGAGUUUGGGGAUGGUGAAAAGUGGCGACGAUGUGUCUGCUGAAGAUCUCAUCCAUUGGAUGGUAUUCACAGCCUGCCUCAUCCAGAGGAUCCUUCUAAUACGAUGGCACAACGAGCUUCGACGCCAUUUCGAGAGGAGGAAGGAACAUUUGGACUUUCGUGCCGAAUGGUAUGCUGAGAAGCUUGCAGCCAGCAGACAGAUGCAAAUCUCCAUUUGGGACACGAAGCGGCAGGUUCUUCUCAGCAAGUUAUCCAGACUGACCCACCACCUGAACAACUUGCGGUCCAUUUGGGACGGCCAGCGGGCAGCCUUCACUGAAGAGGAGGAGGAAGCAAACCAUUCCGCCGCACGCGUGGAGCACAUCUGUCUGCAGGGUGGCGUCCAAGAGCAGCUGGUGCGCAGCUUGCUCGAGGAGUUCACAAGCGCCUCGCAAGGAGAAGAGCGACUUCUCGACAAUUUGACCCCACAGCAGAGGCUGCAUGCGCAAGCCUGGGUAGACAAGUGCGUGGUGGAUUACCUAUACCGCAGGUACUUGCGCAAGCUGAAAAUGAUAACCGUUGCAGAUGAAGCAGCGGCCAAGCAGCGGCUGCUCCAAGAGUGUCGGAACAUGGUCUUGUCAAUGCUCAAGGACAUGGAUCGAACUUGA